GCUCAGCCAAUCCUGUGUGGCAAAGGGCGGUCUGUGUCGGCUAAGCACGCUAGAUUGUUCUGGAAGCGCCGAACGCGGCGUGCAGUGACGGUGGAGUUCUGAGCAUUGUCUCCUGCACGCGGUUCUACUGCGAACCUACAUCAUGUCCGCCGUCAAAGCAUUGAACCCGAAAGCCGAGGUGGCCCGUGCCCAGGCGGCUCUCGCCGUGAACAUCAGUGCGGCCCGCGGCCUCCAGGAUGUGCUGAGGACCAACCUCGGGCCUAAGGGGACCAUGAAGAUGUUAGUAUCUGGUGCUGGGGAAAUCAAGCUUACCAAGGAUGGAAACGUCUUACUUCAUGAAAUGCAAAUUCAGCAUCCGACAGCCUCUUUGAUCGCUAAAGUAGCCACGGCACAAGAUGACAUCACUGGAGAUGGAACCACCUCCAAUGUUCUGAUUAUCGGCGAGCUUCUAAAACAAGCAGAUCUUUACAUAUCUGAGGGCCUUCACCCAAGAAUUGUGACAGAAGGUUUUGAAGCUGCAAAAAUUAAAGCCCUUAAAGUUUUGGAUGAGGUCAAGGUGUCCAAAGAGAUGGAUAGAGAGACCCUUAUCAAUGUUGCCCGAACAUCGCUUCGCACCAAAGUUCAUGCUGAGUUGGCUGAUAUUUUAACAGAGGCGGUUGUGGAUUCUGUUCUGGCUAUAAGGCAGGAAAAUGAGCCAAUUGAUUUGUUUAUGGUUGAAAUUAUGGAGAUGAAGCAUAAAACUGAAAGUGACACAACGCUUAUAAGAGGUUUGGUGCUUGAUCAUGGGGCUCGCCAUCCAGACAUGAAAAAGAGAGUCGAAGAUGCAUACAUUCUUACAUGCAAUUUGUCUCUAGAGUAUGAAAAAACGGAAGUAAACUCUGGAUUCUUCUACAAAAGCGCAGAGGAGCGCGAGAAACUUGUUAAAGCGGAAAGGAAGUUUAUUGAGGAAAGGGUAAAUAAAAUCAUCGCUUUGAAACGGAAGGUGUGCGGUGAUACUGGCAAAGGCUUCAUUGUCCUUAACCAGAAGGGAAUAGACCCAUUUUCCUUGGAUGCCCUUGCCAAGGAAGGGAUUGUAGCCCUCCGCAGAGCGAAGAGGAGGAACAUGGAGAGAUUAACUUUGGCUUGUGGUGGCAGUGCAAUGAAUUCGGUGGAAGACAUCACUCCUGAGUGUUUGGGACAUGCUGGUCUUGUCUAUGAGUAUACAAUGGGUGAGGAGAAGUUUACUUUUAUAGAGCAGUGUGAUCAUCCACGCUCUGUCACUCUGCUGGUCAAGGGACCAAAUAAGCAUACUCUAAAUCAGAUAAAAGAUGCCAUUAGGGAUGGCUUGCGGGCAGUUAAAAAUGCAAUUGAAGAUGGAUGUGUUGUGCCUGGUGCGGGUGCAUUAGAAGUUGCUAUUGCCAAUGCUCUUGUCAAGCACAAGCCUAAUGUGAAAGGACGAGCCCAGCUCGGUGUCCAAGCUUUCGCAGAUGCUCUUCUCAUCAUUCCCAAGGUUCUGGCUCAGAAUGCAGGAUAUGACUCACAGGAGACGCUGGUAAAACUUCAGACCGAAUAUGCUGAAACAGGUCAACUCAUUGGUGUAGACUUGAACACAGGUGAACCAAUGGUUUCUUCAGAAGCAGGAGUUUGGGACAAUUACAGCGUUAAGAAGCAGCUUCUUCAUUCUUGCACUGUAAUCGCAAGUAAUAUCCUUUUGGUGGAUGAGAUUAUGAGAGCGGGGAUGUCAUCUCUGAAAGGCUGAAUUUAGAAUCUUUAUUUCCACCUUUGACGAUGGAUUAAUAUGCUUAUUCCAGGCAUCCUGCCGCAGUUCGGGUUGAUUUGCAUAGCCUGUGGUUUCAGAAAUCUCAUGUCACUUAAAACUGUAAAACAAUAGCACCUAUUGAAAUUCAUUUCAUCUAACCUUCAAAUUUUAUUUAUUUCAUUUUUUUAUGGCACUGAAGUAUACAACUUGGCCCCUCCCAGUCUUUGUACUGAAUUAAAAAAAAUGC